GUCAAGGAGCUGGCGAAGGUCAAAGACGAUUCUAUACCGAAACCCGGUACUCAGGAACUAGUGGAACUAGUGGUACUAGUGGUACUAGUGGUAGGACUGGUACUAGUGGAACUAGUGGUAGGAGUGGUAGUUCGGGAUCAGACAGCAGUAGCUACCCAGUUUAUGGAAGCAAUGGUCAAGGAUCUAGUCAAGGAUCUAGUCAAGGAUCUAGUCAAGAAUCUGGUCAAGGAUCCGGCCAAGGAACUCGUCAAACGGUUUACCAACCCAGUGGAACAUAUGUACCAUCAAGAGGUGGUUAUGUCCCCACUGGAACACGAAGUUACAUCCCUUCAGGAAGCUAUGUGCCCUCUAGUGGUACAAGGGGAACCUUUACAUCAAGUGGAACAUAUGUACCACGGAGAACAUAUGUUCCAAGUAGUUCGUAUGUCCCCAGUGGAUCAGGUACCGCGUUUGUAUCGAGGGGAUCUGGCACCGCAUAUAUACCACGGGGUUCAAUAAACCCUGGCGGUUCUGGGACAUCGUAUGUACCAAGGGGUUCUGUCAAUCCACGCGGAGCUUAUGUGCCAGGUGGAACUGGUUACGUAUCGACAGGAAGUGGUUACGUUCCCAGUGGCUCUGGAAGUGGUUACGUUCCCAGUGGCUCUGGAG